GGUGGGAAAGAGAUUUCGCGAGGCGGGGCGGGCGCCUCCCUUCAUCCCGCCAUGAGUGCCUGAGGGAAGGGAGAGAGAGAGAGAGGCAAGGGAAGAGAGGCAGCAUGGAGAACCAGGGAGCCGGCGGUGAGGAACCGCCGGGUAAGAUGAACCCUAGGCGGGGCGGUGUCGGAGGCGGCGGCUGGCGCGCCCCUGAGGAUGAGAGUAAGAACAAGCCCAAGCUGAAUCUUCAGAUAAAAACUUUGGCAGAUGAUAUGCGUGACAGAAUAACCAGUUUUAGGAAAUCGGGCGUCAAAAAGGAGAAACUUCUCAUUCAGCACCCCAUUGACUCCCAGGCUUCUAUAAAUGAAUUGCCAGUGGCUCAGCCACUAUUUGAUGAACGUUCAAUGAAUUUAUCAGAAAAAGAAGUUAUGGAUUUGUUUGAAAAAAUGAUGGAAGACAUGAACCUGAAUGAAGAACGAAAAGCUCCUUUACGGAAUAAGGACUUGACCACAAAACGUGAGAUGGUUGUCCAGUACAUUUCUGCAACUGCCAAAUCUAUUAUCGGAAAUAAAGUUCCGGGAGGCCUGAAAAAUAGUAAACACGAAUGCACUCUGUCAUCUCAAGAAUAUGUCCAUGAACUACGAUCGGGUAUCUCAGAGGAAAAACUUCUGAACUGCUUAGAGUCCCUGAGAGUCUCUCUAACGAGUAAUCCAGUCAGUUGGGUUAACAAUUUUGGACAUGAAGGGCUUGGGCUUCUGUUGGAUGUUCUUGAGAAGCUUCUGGACAAGAGACAGCAAGAAAGUAUUGACAAGAAGAAUCAGCAUAAGCUUAUACAGUGCCUCAAAGCAUUUAUGAAUAAUAAGUAUGGAUUGCAAAGAAUCCUAGGAGAUGAAAGAAGCCUUCUUUUACUUGCCAGAGCAAUUGAUCCAAAGCAACCAAAUAUGAUGACUGAAACAGUAAAAAUACUUUCUGCCAUUUGUAUUGUUGGAGAAGAAAAUGUUCUGGACAAAAUUUUGGGAGCCAUAACAAUUGCUGCUGAGAGAAAUAAUGGAGAGCGGUUCUCAAACAUUGUGGAGGGGCUUGAGAAUCAUGAAGCUUUGCAGUUACAGGCAGCCUGCAUGCAGUUCAUAAAUGCCCUUGUCACUUCCCCUGAAGAUCUUGAUUUUAGGAUACACUUGAGAAAUGAAUUCCUGCGCUGUGGACUAAAGAAAAUAUUGCCAGAUCUAAAAGAGAAGGAGAAUGAAGAACUGGAUAUUCAGUUGAAAGUGUUUGAUGAAAACAAAGAAGAAGACUUAAUUGAGUUGGCCCACCGCCUCAGUGACAUCAAAGUAGAAAUGGAUGAUGUGAAUGAGGUCUACCACCUAUUGUAUAACAUGCUGAGAGAAACAGCAUCUGAAAACUACUUCCUAUCUAUUUUACAACAUUUUCUACUAAUCAGGAAUGAUUAUUAUGUUCGACCUCAAUAUUACAAGAUAAUAGAAGAAUGCGUUUCACAGAUAGUAUUGCACUGUAGUGGUAUGGAUCCUGACUUCAAGUGUAGAGGAAGGUUGGAUGUAGAUUUCACUCACCUUGUAGAUUGCUGCGUGGACAAAGCAAAAGUGGAAGAAAGUGAGCAAAAAGCUUCAGAAUUUUCCAAAAAGUUUGAUGAAGAAUUCUCAGCUCGACAGGAGGCACAAGCUGAGCUUCAAAAACGAGAAGAGAAAAUCAAAGAACUUGAAACUCAAAUCCAGCAGUUACAAACCCAGGCUCCUGUGUCUUCAAGUGGCUCACCUCCUGCAGGAGUACCACCUCCGCCACCACCACCACCUCCUCUUCCAGGUGGUUUAGCCUCUGCAGCACCACCUCCUCCUCCACCACCACCACCACUUCCUGGUGGUAUUCCACCUCCACCACCUCCUUUGCCUGGAGGGUCUAUACCACCUCCACCUCCACCUAUGUUUGGUGGACCACCACCACCUCCCCCUCCUUUUGGAGGAAUUCCACCUCUAGGAGUUGCACCAGCACUGCCUUUUGGAAUGAAACAGAAGAAGAAGUACAACCCUGAAGUGUCUAUGAAGAGAAUCAACUGGGCAAAGGUUGAACCACAGGAAAUAACAGAGAAUUGUUUUUGGAUAAAAGCAAAAGAAGAAAAAUUUGAAAACCCAGAUCUGUUUGCAAAGCUGGCUCUCACUUUUGCUACACACAUGAAAGCAGUUAAAAAGCCUGUCGAGAAUACAGAAGAAAAGAAGGUGUCUCUGCCUAAGAAAAGAGUUAAAGAGCUACGGAUAUUGGAUGGGAAGACUGCACAGAAUUUGUCAAUUUUCCUGGGAUCUUUCCGUAUGCCUUAUGAAGAAAUAAAAUAUAUUAUUCUAGAAGUGGAUGAAUUAAAACUGAGUGAAGCACUGAUUCAGAAUUUGGUAAAGAACCUCCCUGAACCGAAAGAGCUCAGUGCCUUAGCCGAGUUAAAGAAUGAGUAUGAUGAUCUCUGUGAGCCAGAACAAUUUGGAGUUGUGAUGAGCUCGGUGAAAAUGUUACGGCCUCGCCUCAAUGGCAUCCUUUUCAAACUUACAUUUGAAGAGCACAUAAACAAUAUCAAGCCUGGCAUCAUGGCAGUAACAAUCGCCUGUGAGGAACUGAAGAAGAGUGAAAAUUUUAGCAGACUGUUGGAACUUGUGCUACUGAUAGGAAACUACAUGAAUUCAGGCUCAAGAAAUGCUCAGUCACUUGGCUUUAAUAUUAGCUUUCUUUGCAAGAUUAGAGAUACUAAAUCCUCUGAUCAAAAAACAACACUGUUACAUUUUCUGUCUGAAAUUUGUGAAGAGAAUUAUCGGGACAUCUUAAAAUUCCCAGAUGAACUUGAACAUGUGGAGAGCGCAAGCAAAGUUUCAGCUCAGAGUCUUAAAAGCAACCUCGAUUCCAUGGAACAUCAGAUACAGCGUUUGGAAAAUGAUAUUAAGAAGUUCCCUAAAACAGAAGAUCCGCAUGAUAAAUUUGUUGAGAAGAUGAUAAGCUUUGCGAAGAGUGCUAGAGAGCAGUACGAGAAGUUAUCUAACAUGCACAACAAUAUGACCAAGUUAUACGACAAUUUGGGGGACUACUUCUGUUUCGAUCCCAAAACUGUUAGUGUUGAGGAAUUCUUUGGAGAUAUAAGUGCAUUCCGGACACUGUUCUUGGAGGCACUGAAGGAAAAUAACAAGAGAAGAGAGAUGGAGGAGAAAAUUAAGAGAGCCAAGCUAGCAAAAGAGAAAGCAGAACGUGAGAAACUGGAGCGGCAACAGAAGAAGAAGCAACUGAUUGACAUGAAUAAAGAGGGCGACGAGACAGGAGUGAUGGAUAAUCUACUUGAGGCACUGCAAUCUGGGGCAGCAUUCAGGGAUCGCAGGAAACGAACGCCAAGAACUCAGGAUAACAGACGAGUAAAUUUGGAAAGGUCACGUUCUCGUCACAAUGGAAGCAUCACGGCAGUAUGAACCCCUCCCAAUGCCAAAGAACUGGGAAGUGUUUUAUUUACUUUACAAUGGAGACAUGGUGAAAAGAGCUAAAUGUGGAAAGAGCAACAAUGAAGAUAAAUUAAAUUCAAAUGAAUUCCAGAAAAUAACAACCAGAAAUAUAAAUAUGUAUUUUUACAAACGUUAUUGUGCAAAAAAAACCCACACAACUUACUGUAUAUUAAAAAUGCAAUCCUCAAUAGAUAUAAGCAGUGUUAAAAUAUAAUGUUCCUAUCUCUUCUUCUUUAGUAUUACUCACACGUGUCAAUCUACUAUGUUUUUAUGCAGCUCCCAUGAAUUUCAGGGAGGGUGUGCAGUAGAUUGACCCAAAAAGUGUGGGGAAUGGUUUAUAUGAAUGGAGACGAAUAACAUAUAAAAUUGCUUUUAAAACAAGCAGCAUCAAAAGAUCUGGUCAACGAAAGAGGACAGGAGUCCAUUGGCAGUUCUUAUUUUGACAUGAAAGGAAAAAAGUAAAAUUUGCAUAUUAAUUAAUUCAGAUUGAAGCUGAUACAGCACACAUCAUAACAGGCCUUUUUUGUAAGCCUGAGAAAGCACUGUACAGCCCCCAUCAAUUUCUUUAGAAUCUUAUCUCUCAAGUUUUAAGCAUGAUGGAUUCAGCUAUUUUGGCUUCAGUUAAACUUUAUCACAACUCUACAGCAUCAGUCGUAGAAAGAUAUAUGGCUUCUUAUCACUGCUAAAAAAAUUUUUUUUUAAAAAUGAGAACAUAGGAUUGUACCAAAGUUAAACCAUAUCUUUUGCAGAAUAUGUUUUUGACUCUAUUUAAAGAUGUAUUUUCUAAUUAUGCACUUAUAUGAACUUUAUAUGGAUAUUUGGAGGAAAAAAUCUUACCUAUUUAGAUGGUUAUAAAACUCAUUUGCCUUUGUUAAAGCUUUCAGAAACAUAAUCUAUUAAUAUGAAGGUAAUCAGAAUUAGAUUCUCUAGAUACAGUCAAACAUGCUAUAUAAAAGCUAUAUUAGUACAUGUUGAGAUGAGAUGACCCAGGCAAUGAGCUGAAAUAGUUGUAGCAGGGUGGGGAAAAGAGAUACUCUAUAUAGUGCUCCCUAGCACAUCACACAAACACACACAUGUGUAUUUGAGGCAUUUUGACCAUACUACAUUUUGAUCAGCCCAAAAGCUGUCCUUUGAGUAUGCCACAUGUGUAAUAGUGACGCACUGUAAAAAUUGCUCCUAACACAUUUUCUUUUUGAUUCCGUGCACACACACGCCCACCACCACCACCACCACCACCACACACACAUGUACACACACUUCAGGAGGAUAUGGUGUGUUUUACAUGAUGGAAUAUUUUUUCUUUACUGCAGAUGAUUAAAGAGAAACACUCAGAUGUGCAAAAUACCUUACAACAGUGAGUUUAUAGGAGCCAUGUUGGUGGGGCACUAAGCAACUGAUGUGCAUUCUGCAUGAGGGAGGGGAGGUCAGGCUGGUGCUCAAAACUGUCAGGAACAAAAUCAGCCUAGACUGAGCUUCAGCAAGAGCCAUAAUACUCACAGCGGCCUGAUUUUGUAGUGAAAGCUGCUUUCACUAUCGUUUUCCACUAAAUGUCCCUCUCAAUAAAAUAUCACAAAAAGCAUACAUUGUUUUCCUAGCCGGGGAAGUGGGUAUUAUUAACAACACUAUGUAUCCCAUUUUUACUCCAAAGGGUGAAGGGUUUUUAUCCUCAUAACAUCCACAUAUUCUGGGUUUGACAGAGAGAACAACUGGUUCAGGGUCACCCAGACUAUGUCUUCCUCAUCUGACAUUCUAGCAACUAUACAUUCUUUUCUUUGGUUGGGACGGAGUGGCUAGAUUCAGUGUUAUAUAUACAAGGGGUAUAAUCAUUCUAUUUAAACUUUCCCACCUGCUGUACACCUGCUGCAUUUUAAAUAAGUGGUGUAUACUGGUUUGUUUGUUUGUUUGUUUGUUUGUUUAAGAAAAAUCAAUUACCCAUCAAUUAUUCUACUUCACCACUAAAUAGCUUAUAUUAUAAUGGAAUUAUCAGCCGCUUUUUGUCCAUGCAGUAUUCAAUUUUCUUGCGCUAGCUGUCCAAAAGAGAAUGGAACCAGCCUGUUUAGAUGGGUAGCAGCAUAUGAGUUCAGGUUCUACAUCCUGCAGCUACUUAAGACCCACGUGUCUGGGUCAAGGCUACUCACAAGUUUGAAUUCAAGGAAAGAAAAAACCAUGUAGGCUUUGCUAGCUAGGGUUUGUGGGAGUACCAACAACAUAUGGGAGUCACGGGUUCCCCAACCCCUGCUAGACAUCUUUCUUAGAAACAAAUGUUUCUAGUUAAAGAACAGGCAUUCUGCUGUUACCUCCCACUCUAUUGAGAAUUGACUAGUAGGCAUAAGGCAAAAAAUUGCUUUUGUCUAAUCUACAUUUUCAAACUCAUGUCAAAAUGUGUUUAAUACAUAAAGCCAAAUUGGUAAGCCACUUAGAUGGGCAAAGUGUAUAUUUUCUAAUGCACAGUAUUUUGAAACAAUGUACUGAAUAUCAGAAAAAGAAGAAGCAAUUUGCUAGAAUUUAAAAGCCAAAAUGUUAAAGUGAUUAUUAGAGCAUCUGUGAACAUACUACUUUUUUUUUUUUACACUAAUGUUAAUUAUUAUGGCAGUUGUGUUGUUGUUUUUUUCUGUUUCCUGCCAUGCUUCUGAGCAGCCUAGUAGCUGGCAACCAGAGAUUUUACAGAACCAAAUUCUGACAAAGAGCAAGUCCAAAAAGAUGCAAGCUUGCCUGAUGCUUCAGUUUUACUAGCCCAGUCAUGUUAUUCCACAUUUGGAACAUGUUAUGUAAUUUAAUGGACAUGUCUCUUAAAGGGGAAAUGGGGGGGGGUGUUAGAAGAAGAUAUAUUGUAAAUACAGGAAGCUUGUAUCUAUAAAGUCUAAAAAGUAUUUUCUAAAUAUUAUGUUCGGUCACAGAGUCUUUUGAUAGCUUUUUAUUCUAUUUGAAAAUGCAGAUUUAAAAACAAAAAGCCUUGCUUUUGUUAUUGAUAUGAUUCCCACUCUUGUCAUAUGUUUACCUGGUGACCUAGUAAAAGCGUAGACUGGAGGUCAUAGCACCUUUUUCUGAACAGUAUUUGCCUUAUUUUCUAAUAUUAAGAGGGGGAAUUACUGAAGAUAUAUUUCCAAAUAGAUAUUCCUAGGAAACCUUCUACCAAACUCUCUUGUAAGCAGAGGGACUGGAUGGGGUGACUAGGCCUCAAAUUAUUCAUGGAAAGUUAAUCACUGGAGCUUUAUGCAACCACUGAAAUACCGCUUAGGAAUCUAGCACUCACAUACAUUUACCAUGAAAUGUAUUUAGAAUAUAGCAGAAUAUUAGCAUGCAUUCAUAUUUUAAAUUUAAUAACUAAAAACAUUGAGUUGGUUCCCAACUUGCCCUUCCAUGAACGGAAAGGAUUCUUCCAUUUGCAGUGGGAACCGGGAUCAAGCAGCAGCUUCCACUGAAUGAACGGAGUGGGCAACCAGUUUCACCACUUUCACCUACAGCCUCACACAAAACCUUCCUUGCUAUUCCAGCGGGUCCUUCAAACCCUAGUCGCAGCUUUAGGGGGGUGGGGUGGGGUGGAGGAUUCGCUUAAAUGGCUUUCUGCUGUUUUGCCCCAGUGCGAGUGGAACUCUGCUGAGCACAACACUUAAUCUUUUAAGUGCUUUGCAUCUUAACAUUUCUUAAAAGGCAGAGAGAUGUACAAUUCAUAUAAGCAUAACAUAUAAUAGGCUAUGCUCUCAUAUAACUGCCCUUCUCUUGUUGAGGAGUGACAUCUUAAAUAUCAUUGUACCAGUUUCAAACAAGACCAAAAAAGCCCUUUUAGGCAAAGUUCCUUAUUUGAAAAUUAAACCACUAUGAAGAAUUUCUAAACAAGCCACUUUAAACGGUACAUUCUGAGCUGUAUAUGUAGGCCAUGGUGAAUAAAGCUUCCUUGUUUCAACUGACCCCUAUUUACAGAGCUUAUCACAACUAUACAUAAAUGUCACAUAAUUAAAUGUUUUGCCUUUACAUCUGCAUAUAUCACUAUAUGUACUACCUCAGAAUGCAGUAUAGCUACACACAUUCCUUCCUCCCACCACAAAAUUAAGUUGUCUAAAAACAUAGGGCCAUUCUAGACUAGAUAUUGUUGUUCUGUGUUCAGAUCUCCAGGGCCCCUGAAUAGGACUGGGAUCGUAACACCAGGGAAAGGAGGUUAAACCCUUUCCCCCAUGGUGUGUGUUCCCAAUCUAAGUGUCUUUUCAAUGUAUCUUUCCAGAAAGAACAGAAAUACAGAAAAUGAAAUAAAUAACAUAUACUGCUGCUAUUUCUCCUAUUAGGGAAAACAUAUGGGUACACACACAUUUUCUCUAAUAGGGCAAAGAGCAGCUCAGGUACUAUAGUCCUGAUCCAAUUCAUCCCUCCUCCCCCCACAACUGUUUUUAACGUAUAUUAAGGGAUGGGAGGUCUAAUCAUAGAUCGCCAAUAUGUCAGAUGUCUAGGAUUACAACCUUGCUUAAAUUUUAUUUGAGCUUGCUUGAUCAUUGCUUCUUAAGACCUUCAUGUAACGAAAGGUCAGUUCAGAUGACAUUUUUGCUCUCUUAAGUGUCACACAGUGUGUUUUAUCUGGAACAUGCAUAAUACCUGAGCCAGGAGCUCAUGGGCUUUUGUGCUUUGCUGUCUAGAACCUUUGUGGCACAUUUUCCAGCAGCCACAGCCCACCUUCUGGUUCACCGGUUGUUCACGAACAAGCAACUUUUACUUGGGGAUAGAUUGCCAUAAGGAACUUUUUUUAAAAAAAAAGUUAUCAAAAUAAGCUCUUAUGGAUUAAACUGUGUAAGAAAAUCCAUCCACUUUUAUUAAACAUUUUUGUACAGCUCUAAUUAUACAUUUAAUCUGAGUUUUAGUGGAAAUGUGUAGGCACCUUUUUGAAGAAGAAAAAAUAUGGUAGUUGCAGGUAAUUUCAAUAACACUAUUAAACAGUGGUGAUUGGCUCUCAUUGGAAUGGGCAGGGUAGAAGGCAAGGAGAACAUCAGUAGCUGAGCUGGUGUCAAUAGUAGGCAGAGUCAGCUAAUUCUAGUUUUGUCCCCAUUGUCCUCCCUGCUGAAUUACACCAAACCAACUACUCCUGGACAUGCUGCAAGUAGGAAGGCUGACAGCAGAAUGAGGUUGGUGGGUAAUGCCCUAUUUGCCCUAAUGUACCAGCUGCCCAUGCUUUUAGGGUAGAACUCAUCCUUGGGUCAGAUGCCCAACCAUUCUGUAGUGCAACUCUUGCCUUGCUUCCAUUCAUUCCAUUCCUGAUAUUAUGAGUAGGCACAGAGAGAGCAAACGUGUUAGGCCAUAAGCCACUUUAGGGUGAGACAUGCAGGAAGGCCCAUAGUGUAGGUUCAUAGGAGCAUAUUCAAAAUAAGUCUGUGACAGGUCACGUUAAGGCCUUUGCCCUACAAAGUGCUGUUAAAUGUUUUUAUACAGUCCAGCAGAGGAAGGAAGCCUAAACUUCCUACACUCAUCCUACAUGAAUUUUGGCAACCUGGCUGUUAGAACUCACAAACUACUUAGUUAGCUGUUUUGCCUAACUAUAGAGGACAAGUUGGUAAAUGUAGUAACCUUAUGACAGUAUGCAUGUAAGAGUUUCAGUAAUUAACAUGAGGAUAUUUUGUUAACUUCUGCUUUUAAAAAAUGCUAUAUUAAUAUCUACUUGAUUAUGGCAGAGUGAAAUCAAUUCAUAAUUGCAUGAAAGUUGUCCCUUUGUGGCAUUCCUUCACCAUGUCUAAACAAGGUUGGAGAACAACAACAAAAUACCCACAGCAGUGAUUCCAAUACCUUAAAUAAUGAACUGUCUAAUGUAUUGACACUUCUGUUUAACAAAAGAAACUGUCCUUGCUUCCCAUGUGCCAUAGUGUAUUCAAAAAAGAGAAAGGAUAAAAAGAUUUUAUAGAGUCGAAUAAAUACAUAGCAUGAAAUAGCCCCUUUUAUAACAUACUGCAGGCGCUUGUAAAAGUAAAAACAAAACUUUACAACUCUAUCUCCACUGUUAUCCUCCUUCCCCUUGCAGCUCUGGAAGUGAGAUACUUAGCAGCAUAUAGAGGAAAUCACUCCACAUUGCCCAGUACACGAAUCACCAAUACCAUUUAUAAUAGCAGUCCACCCAUGAAUGCCUCACUUGAAUGUAUGGAAGUAAAGUGUGCUGAGAGAUGUAGUCCUUCAUAAGGAAUAUAUGCAUCAGUUGUGCAUAUGUAUAGGCAAAUGUAUUAAUUACACCACUAUUGCGCCCAUAAAGGCAGCAAAUUGCACAGUGUUCCCCAGGUCUGUUCCUCCUUUUGCCCAGAAACUGUGGAUGGCCAGUGAUUUCUGGAAAUAACCUCACUUUCAGGCAAAAAAAAAGGAACAUGCUGGGCCAUCCACCACUGUAGAAAGCAAAGAAAUAUUGUAUUUGGGAGCUUCAUGUAACUGCACCUGCCACUUCCAUGUCUUAUUUAAAGAGGGCUGCCUAAACAUUGCAUGGAUGUCUGAAAGCACAUUUUAGUCUUCUGAGAUAGUUGAUGUUCCCAGAUCUAAGUAAAUAUUCUUUGUAACCAAAAACUAUUUCCACUAAAACUUCUUCAGAGAUAUCAUAAAACACAACAAUUCUCUCUAACCUAGUUAUUUACGUAAAUUCCAGCCUCCUGUCAAGAUGUUGUUAAGUUGCCAUCUAGUGCAAAUUGUCAUCAUUUAUUUGAGUGCAGGUUAGCACAUAAUUCUGAGUUGGAUGAUAGCAUUUAAUAUGAUAGAUAUCAAAAGUACAUUGCAAAUGUCAUGCACUAAAAUGUUGAAAACCUUUGUGUAUAAUACCAAUGUUUCCCUAUUUGCAAAUUAAAAUUAGUUUUGGUGAUUUCACAUUUGGUCAUCAACAGAUCCUAACUUCUUUGUUGUUGUUUAAAAAACACACCUUGUUUUUGCUUUGCAAUACUUUGUGCAGUUGCUUAUGUUUAUUUAAUACCUCUUAAACAUCAUCACUUUGAAGUACCUCUGUGCUAUGAAGUUUUGGUUUGGGGAGUGGGUGGGGUGGGUUAAUCCUUUUUACUCUGAAGUGUCAAAUAUAUUUGUUUGAAAUGGGCAGGGCAAAUGUCUUCUGUAACGGCUAAUUUUGGGGGGAAAUACUCAGAGAUUAUAUUCUUUUUAAACUGUCAACACCUUGUGAUACAAGUUUAAAAUGUAACAAUAUAAUGCAGUCAUUGAGCACAUUAAAACAUGUCUUGUGUUUUA